GUGGGCUUCCUGGUCAAUGGGAGCUCGGCGCUGGGCAGCCCGAGACGCCGUCAGGUGGGCCUCCCACGUUCGCGGCCCGCGCUGCGUCCCUCCCUCUCCUGCUUCCUCUCCAUCUUGGUUCCAGCAGCUCGCCUUCUUGAUUGCUCUUCUGUUGCUGGGGCCGUAGCAGCCGAGGCCGAGUGGCCUCAGUUAACGCGAGGAGACUGUGGUUCUGAGGAAACCUGCGUUCCAGAUCGUUCGCCCUUGGGACAUGGGGACAGAUUCGGAUUUUUCUCUUCCUGCAUCCCACAAGCAUUUAUUGAGCACCUAGUAUGUGAGAGAGGAGGCUGUGAGAAGAGCAACACAGCAGGAUGAUACAAAGCCAGGGCCUGUUAUCGAGGAGUGUCUGCCGCCCUUUGCCAUCGCGGACCCUGCUCCGAGAUUCCCGGCCAUAGGUUACUAAGAUGAUUAUGCAGAUCUAUCAGAUAUAAGGAAAAAAUUCAGCCACCUCACCCAGUUUCUGCAAUCCCUACAAGGCUGCAUCUGAAAGUAGAGAGAUGAGGAAACUGAGGCUUAGCAAGAAAGGCAGCUAGUCAAUGGCAGAUCAAUGUGUAUGCUCUCCAGUUGUGAUGAAAACGAAGGCCAAGGCUACCUGGCACUUUUGUCAAUCACACGAGUGUGGCUUACAGGUCAUGGUGUGGCUCCCUGGGGGCGCCUUUGAGACUGGCUCAGCAUCCAUCUUUGAUGGGUCCGCCGUGGCUGCCUACGAGGACGUGCUGGUUGUGACGAUCCAGUACCGGCUAGGAAUGUUCGGCUUCUUCAACACAGGGGACAAGCACGCUUUGGGGAACUGGGCCUUCAUGGACCAGGUGGCUGCCCUCACCUGGGUCCAGGAGAACAUCGAGUUCUUUGGUGGGGACCCACACUGCGUGACCAUCUUUGGCGAGUCGGCAGGAGCCAUAAGUGUUUCCAGCCUUAUUCUGUCCCCCAUGGCCAAAGGGUUAUUCCACAAAGCCAUCAUGGAGAGUGGGGUGGCCAUCAUGCCUUACCUGAAGGCCCCUAAUGAUGAAAGGAAUGAGGAUUUGCAGAUGGUUGCAAAUAUCUGUGGCUGCAAUGCAUCAGACUCCGUGGCCCUGCUGCAGUGCCUGAGGGCAAAAUCCUCCAAGGAGUUGCUGAGCAUCAACCAGAGAGCCAAGUCUUUCACUCGAGUAGUUGAUGGCUUUUUCUUCCCUCGUGAGCCUGUAGACCUGUUGACUCAAAAAUCCUUUAAGCCGGUUCCUUCUAUCAUCGGAGUCAAUAACCACGAAUGUGGCUUCCUGCUGCCCAUGAAGGAGUUUCCUGAGAUCCUCGAGGGCUCCAACAAGUCCCUCGCCCUGCAUUUGAUACACUCCGUCUUGCACAUCCCUAUCCAGUAUUUAUACCUCGUGGGUAAUGAAUACUUCUACAACAAGCACUCCCUGGUUGAUAUACGAAAUAGCUUCCUGGAUUUGCUUGGAGAUGUGUUCUUUGUGAUUCCUGGGCUGGUCACAGCAAAGUGUCACAGAGAUGCCGGUGCACCUGUCUACUUCUAUGAGUUUCAGCACCGGCCCCAGUGCUUAAAGGACAAGAAACCGGCUUUUGUCAAAGCUGAUCACACUGAUGAAAUCCGCUUUGUCUUUGGAGGUGCUUUCCUGAAGGGCGACAUUGUCAUGUUUGAAGGAGCCACAGAGGAGGAGCAAUGGCUGAGCAGGAAGAUGAUGAGAUACUGGGCUAACUUUGCUCGGACUGGGGACCCUAAUGGGGAAGGCCUGCCUCUGUGGCCAGUCUACAGUCAGACCGAGGAGUACUUGCAGCUGGACUUGAACAUGAGCGUGGGACGGAGACUGAAAGAGCUGGAGCUGCAGUUUUGGACAGACAUCCCCCUGAUGAUGUCCAUGGCCGGAGCACUCCUCGGUCCUCUUUCUUCCUUAACCUUCCUUUCUCUGCUUCUGCCUUUCUUUUUCUCUUUUGCUCCUUGAGAAGUUAUCUUUGCGUGAUUUUGGUUUUCCUUUCUCCUUCUGAGAUUUCUGCCACAAUCAUUAGUUUCAUCUUUAGCUACUUAUGAAAUCAGCUGCUUUAGCUGAUGUUGUAGGGAUUGAGGAUGAUCCUCGGAGAAUUAUUUUCAACAUCAAAAUGCAAUUUGCCUUGGAAGGAUACCAGAUUUCUUCAGUAAAUUUGCAGGAGGACUGGCCCAUUAGUUGUCACCAUAAUGACCUUGUUACUUAUAUGAAAUAAAAUCAUAAUGUAAAAUCUGUACAGGGAACAGAAUUUAAUUCUGGGCUGAAAACUCCCCUCACAACCCCAGCAUCCAAGAUGAAGUAGACUCUACCAGAGAAGGUGUCUGUGUUUGUUACCUAAAAUACGAGUCCUCCAAGCCCUAUCCUGGGGGAUUUCAGCCGCAGUCUAAGCAUGGACAUCCUGAACAUCACUGCCUUGAACUGGGUCUCUUCUCUGGCUCAGGAGAUAUGUGGGGGAGGGGACAUGCCAAAGACUCUCCCUCUAAGUGAUGGAAAACAGACGUCCUCCAAGGUCAGAAACCCAGAAGUCAAACACCAGGCAGCAAAGUCAGGUCAAGGACACCAAGAAGAAAAGAUGUUUUCCUGAUGGGGUAGAGACUAAUCCAUCAUUCAGUAAAUCUACAAUGGGUACCCAAUGUAUACAAAGAAUAUCCCCACUGAGGAUACAAUGGUGAACAAAGGCAUACUCUGCACCAAAUGGUGAGUAAACAGACAGUAAGCAAACAUUCACACAAGUGACUAUCCUGUGAUAUGAAGUUGAUAACUUCACUCAGAAAGAGUAAGUUGUUCUAAGAAAGUGGAACAGGGGAACCUAAUUUAGGUGAAAGUCUUAGGAAGUUCUCUCUGGAGAAAUAACAUUUGUAAUAAGAAAGGAUGAAUUAAAGUUAACCAGAUGGGGUGGGGAGAGUGUUGUAUAUACAGUCAUUCAAAGGAUGCACUUUUACUUUUUAUAUCUGUAUAAUCCCUAUUGCAUCUAUAUAAUUUACCCAGGUAAUUAGUAUUUCUUUCUGAUUCCUUCAGAAUUACAUGAGGUGCAUAGAAUAGGAGGGUCUCUGAAAUGUCAGUAACUUACAGUUCAUCUGGGCCAGAGAUCUCCAACUCAUAGCCUGAAUCUGGCCCCCAGAAGAGUUUUGUUUAGCUCACACAAUGUCAAGUAUGUUUUGGAAUUAGUUCCACCUAAUUUUAAAUAAGGGAAAUUUCACAUUAAAAGACGUAUUUCCAGCUUCUCCAGGAAAAAACAA